GCGAAAGUGAGCUUGGGGGAUGAGAGUGAUAGGGAAGAGGGGAGGGGCGGGAGAUCGAGUGUUGGGUAGGGGGGAUAAGUGUAGGACCCCCUUCUCUCUUUUUCUGAGACCCCUCCCCCCUCAUCCCUCCUCCUCCUCUGUUCCUGUGGAGUGGGCCUGGCUGACCCCCCUGCUCAAGGCUUUGUGAUACUUCUCCCGGCGGAGGGAGAGAGAGGCAGCGCUGACACACCGUGAGAGAGAGAGAGAGAGAGAGAGAGAGAGAGAGAGAGAGAGAGAGAGAGAGAGAGAGAGAGGUAGACCUGACACACACACAGAGAGGGAGCGAGAAGAGAACUAGAGGAGCAGGCAGUCGGGAUUCAAUUUGGAGUUGAGAGAGGAGUCACAGAGGGAGAAUUGGAGAAAGCAAGCAAGUCAGAGAGAGAGAGAGAGAGAGAGAGAGAGAGAGAGAGAGAGAGAGAGAGAAAGUGAUGAAUGCCCAGUCAGGGAAAGUAAGUACGUGACAGAGACAGAGAGGGAGUCAUAGAGAGAGGGACAGCACUGAGAGAGCUGAGAACCAGAGCAAAGUGCCAGACAGAGACGGAGACAGACAGAGAGAGAAGAGUGUGCGCUCCUUGGACGGUCAUGGAUUUGACAGACUGCUCACCAUGUGGAAUAGACUGCACUCAGCCCAGGACCACAGCUGCAGCCGGUGCUCUGCAGCACUAGACGCAACACUAGUAUCCCCGGGACCAGGACCUGCAGGACCUAUAGGACCCUAAGCACAAUCGGACCCCCACCGACAACACCAAACCCCUCCAGCGCCCCGGUUAAGGCUUCCCAGCAUGCCGUCUGUGUCCCUCAGCCUGCCUCCGGCGCUGGUCGGACCGGCACGCACCUGGGUCUGCCUCUCGUGCAUGUUCUGGCCAGAGGAGCUGGAGGCGGUCCACUCCCACACCUUCAGGGUGAAGAGUUUCAAGAAGACCCGACCCUGCGGCGUCUGUCAGCAAACCAUCCUCCACGACGGACUCAUCUGCAGAGUGUGCCGGAUAUCGUGCCACAAGAAAUGUGAAGUGAAGGUGUCCUCGUCUUGUGUUCCCUCCACUAACUAUGAGCUGGCACCUAGCAGUGACCUCGCUCUCAAACAUGUAGACACCUUGGGCUCCACAAAGUCCUCCAAGAGCAUGGAGUCUCGACGCAGACCCUCCAGGACGGUGAGCCUCAUGCAGGCCCUGGAAGAGAACUACGAGGUGGACCUGGUCUACAUCACGGAGCGGAUCAUCUCCGUCUCCUUCCCCAGCUCGGUGGAGGAGCAGAGCUAUGCCGCCAACCUGCGCGAGGUGGCCACCAUGCUGCGCUCCAAACACGGAAACAACUACCUGCUCUUCAACCUCAGCGACAAACGUUAUGACAUUAACCAGCUCAACCCAAAGGUCCUGGACUUUGGCUGGCCGGACCACCACGCCCCAGCACUGGACAAGAUCUGCAGCAUCUGCAAGGCCAUGGACACCUGGCUUAGCGCAGACAGCCACAACGUGGUGGUCAUACACAACAAGGGCAAUCGAGGCAGGACCGGGGUGGUGGUGGCAGCAUACAUGCACUACAGCAACAUAUCCGCCAGUGCGGACCAAGCUCUGGACCGGUUUGCUAUGAAGAGGUUCUAUGAAGACAAAGUACUCCCUGUCGGCCAGCCGUCACAGAAAAGGUAUGUGCAGUACUUCAGCGGCCUGCUCUCGGGUAACAUCAAAAUCAACAACAAGCCGCUGUUUCUUCACCACGUCAUCAUGCACGGCAUCCCCAACUUUGAGUCGCAAGGAGGUUGUCGUCCUUUCCUCAAAAUAUACCAGGCCAUGCAGCCCGUCUACACAUCUGGAAUAUAUAAUGUUCAAGGGGACAGCCAGACCAGCAUCUGCAUCACUAUUGAGCCGGGACUGCUUCUCAAGGGAGACAUACUGCUGAAGUGCUACCACAAGAGGUACCGCAGCCCGUCCCGCGACGUGGUAUUCCGGGUUCAGUUCCACACAUGCGCCGUCCACGACCUGGGCAUCGUGUUCGGGAAGGAGGAGCUCGACGAGACCUUCAAAGAUGACAGGUUUCCAGAAUAUGGCAAAGUGGAGUUUGUCUUCUCGUUUGGGCCGGAAAAGAUCCAUGGUCAAGGUAUGGAUCGCCUGGAGAAUGGCCCAAGUGUCUCCGUGGACUACAAUACCCAGGAUCCUCUGAUCCGCUGGGACUCCUACGAAAACUUUAAUCAGCACUGUGAGGACAACGCAGAGGAAGUCAUCCACACAGAAGGUCCUUUGGACGGUAGUUUGUACGCCAAGGUCCGCAAGAAGGAGUCUGCCGAGGGUUCGGUGACGGCUAACGGCCUGCCGCCCACCGCCGUCGACCACGCCCUACCCGCCGUCGACCACGCCCUCUCGGUGAGCAGCGACUCGGGAAACUCCACCGCCUCCAUCAAGACCGACCGGACGGAUGAAGCCGCACUAGCGGCCCCGCCCACUGCCCCUCUGAGCCAGACGAACCCGCCCUUCGUCGCAGAGGAGCAGCGCCAGGUCCCGGCAGCGACCCAGCAACCCCUCAGCCUCCAGGAGAAGCAGGAGCUGGACCAGCUGCUGAGCGGGCUGGAGGGCCCCCUGCGCCGGCAGGGCUACCUGACCGCGCCCCCCGCCCAGGCCGCGGGCAGGAUGCUGCACCUGGUGCCCGCCCAGGUGCACGUCAACGGCCACCACAACGCCCUCAUCUCAGCAUCCAGCCCGACCACCAACGCCACCGCCGCCGCUGCCACCGCCAACAGCAGCGGCAACAACACCAUGGACCGCGAGACGGACAUCCUGGACGACGAGCUCCCCACCAGCCAGGAGGGGAACAGCGUGGACAGCCUGGGGACCUUCUCCUCCACCGAGGGCCGGGCCACACCCGCCGACCUCUACUACCAGUCGGAGGUGAUCGUGACCAACGGGCAGGACCACGUGCCCUACCUGGAGCGCAGCGCGCCCGAGAGGCCCCUGGAGUCCCCCAGCGUCCACUACGGGAAAGCCGGAGGCAUGACGCAGAGCGAGUCGGUGCCGACCUCCGGCGAGUACCCCAUGGGUCUGAACGGCGGCCUGUACCGCACGCAGUCCUGUGGCGGGGAGCUGAAGUCCAUGCCCAGAGCCCCCACCCGGACCACCAGCAGCAAGGACGCGGUCCAGCGGGGCCUCAACGUGUGGCAGAGGUUCGGCGUGCCGGAGGAGCCCAUGACGGAGGGCCUCAGCUUCAGCCCGCCAAAGGCCUCCACGGCUGGCCAGAGCAGCCUGUCCCAGUUCCCCCAGCGCCGCAGCACCUCGCAGCAGGAGAUCGAGCAGUCCAUCGAGACCCUCAACCUCCUCAUGCUGGACCUGGACCCGGGCCGCCCUGCGGUGCCAAAGUCCCAGAGCGCCCCGCUGAGGGAGGCCAGCGUGGUCACCACCCAGCCCUCCUUCUCCCAGAGCCAGGCCCGGCCCUCCUACCAGGCCGACGCCGCCAUCCACGCCAACCAUCCCGCCCACCCCGCCGGCCCCGUGUCCGACAUGAGCCGCCACUUCGCCUCCCCGCCGGGCUCGUCCCACGGCCCCGGGUUCCAGGGCUACGCGACCCUUCCCAACGGGACGGGGCUACAGCCGCAGGCCUCCAGCGGUGGAGUGGGGCAUUUCCAGCUGAAGCCCAUCAACAACUACCCUCCCAGCACCAUGGCCCUGGCCACGGAGGCCCCGGAGAUGGAGAGGAGCCCCAGCGCAGCCUCUGCGUCAUCCCAGCCCAGAGAGGCGGAUUCGGAUGAGGUGUUCAAUGUAGAGGGCCUGGUGGCCCAGCGGGUGGCCGAGUACUCGGCUCGGGCACAAAGUGUCCGAAAGAUUUCCCUUCAGUCUGACCACCAACGUUCCCAGUCUCCCUCUGGUGUCCAGUCUCGGGGGAUUUCGUUUGAGGACCCCACCGCCCCGUCGCCGCGCCACCGGGUGCCCAGCGACGGAGGGCAGUUCCAGAACGUUCCGGACGGCAGCGUUGACGCCACCUGCCCUGACGGACCCCUUCGCUCGCCCAUCCGCUGCGUCUCGCCAGAGUUUGUUAACGCCAUCGCUUUGAACCCCGGCGGGAGACCCAAGGAGAGGCACAUCCACAGCUACCGGGAGGCCUUCGAGGAGCUGGAGGCGGGGGGGCCCGUGAGCCCCUCCCCUCUUGCUGGUGGUGAGGUCUUCCCCCAAACCCCUGCAUUCCCUGUGUCGCCGCAAACCCCUUACUUCAACCUGUGUCGCUCGCCCCCUGGUCUCGCCAAGACCCCGCUGUCCGCACUGGGGCUCAAACCACACAAUCCGGCUGAGAUCCUGCUCAACCAAACCGGCUCAGAGGAUGAGAGCGAUCAGGGUGAGGAAGCCCCGAGAAGUUACGUGGAGUCUGUGGCCCGUUCAGCGUCCUCCUCCGGAGACCCCCCAGGUCCCAGCUCCCCCCAGGGUCUCUGCCCAGUGGGAGAGGCUGUGCUGGGCAGCCAGAGGACCCCCAGCCCGCUGUCCACCCAGGCCCUCAACACCCCUCUGUCCAGCAGUAGCCCCAUCCAGAUCUCCAGUGAUCAUCCGUUGAUGGACAGCUCCAGCAGCCUUCCCUUCCAGCCCACUACUGACUCGGGCUACCACUCCCAGCCAAUGGAGAGCCUCCGUCCCACCCCUAGUUCCUCCUACCAGGUUAUGCCCACCCCCCAAUACCAAGCCAUGCCCACUUCCCAAUACCAAGGCACGCCCACUUCCCAAUACCAAGUCACGCCCACUUCCCCUUACCAAGUCACGCCCACUUCCCCUUACCAGGCUAUGCCCAGCUCUUACCAGCCAACGCCCACACCCUGCUACCAGGUCACCACCACCCCCUCCUACCAACCCAUGCCCCCCUCCUCCUGCUACCAGGGCACUCCCACCCCCGCCUCCUACCUGGACUCCAGCACCCCGCCCUCCUCCUCUUACCUGGUUGGCCCCGCCCCCACCCUCUCCUACCUCGGCCACCCCAGCAGCCACCUGGUCGGGGGAGGCUAUGUCUUGUCGGACCCCGGUCCCCCCUCCCAGGACCCGAUGCAGGCCCUCCUCCACGGGGGCCACGCCCCGGCACCUCAUCCCACGCUGUAUUCCCCGGGCUCUGCCCACCAGCAGCACGGCCCCUCCUCCUCCGCCCUGGCCGCCGCCGCCCAGGGCAGCCCCCACCUGGGUCGGCAACCGUUGCCGUGCAGUGGCUUCGAGGCCCCAGGGCUCCAAGGGCCCCUGGGUCCGGGGGGGGGCAGUCCCGUCCUUGCCCGGCGCCCGUCCCAGGGCGGCCAGAGCAGCCCGGUGCUGAUCCGCCAGAGCUCUCUGGGGCCCGGCUCCCAGAGGAGCCCCGUUCUGAGCCGCCAGCCAGGCGCCGCCGCCGCCCACCAGGGCAGUCCCGUCCUGCCCCGCCACGCCUCGGCCUCGCAGGCCUCCCAGCGGAGCCCCAGCCUGGACCGCCACCCGCUGCACAGCGGCUACACCACGCCCGACGAGCGGCACGGCAACCUGUCCCGGCAGAGCAGCUCCUCGGGCUACCAGGGCCCCCCCACGCCCUCCUUCCCCGUGUCCCCCGCCGGCUACCUGGACGGGGGCGCCCUGGGGGGCUUCCGGCAGGGCAGCCCCGCGCCGGGCUUCCAGCCCCAGCUGCCCGAGAAGAGGCGCAUGUCCAGCGGGGAGCGGCCGGCCAACGGAGCGCUGUCGUACGGCACGCUCAACGGCAAGAUGUCCUCCUCGUCUUCCUCGCCGCUGUCCGGCGGAGGGGGAACGCCCGGAUACUUCCACACCCUGCCCGACUUCUCCAAGUUCAACAUGCCUGACGGGAGUCCUGAGUCUCGGCUGAACGUCAAGUUCGUACAGGACACGUCCAAGUUUUGGUACAAGCCGGAGAUAUCCAGAGAACAAGCCAUCUGCCUGCUGAAGGAGAGGGAGCCGGGGGCCUUCGUGAUCCGGGACAGCCACUCCUUCCGGGGGGCCUACGGUCUGGCCAUGAAGGUGGCCUCCCCCCCGCCCACCGUGCAGCCCACCAAGAAAGCAGGUGACAUCACCAAUGAGCUGGUGAGACACUUCCUGAUAGAGAGCAGCCCCAAAGGAGUGAAGCUGAAGGGGUGUCCCAAUGAACCCUUCUUUGGCUGUCUGUCUGCGCUGGUCUACCAACAUGCCAUCACACCCCUGGCCCUGCCAUGCAAGCUGCUGAUCCCCACCACAGAUCUCAAUGAGGAGGCGCCGGUGGUUCCCGUGGCAACAAACCCACUAGCCGAGCGACUAAAACAAGGAGCAGUUCCUUCAGUGCAGAGGGUCCCUGAUGAUUCCCAUGCAUGCAAUGUGCUCUACAUCAACUCAGUAGACAUGGAGUCUCUGACAGGCCCUCAGGCCGUUGCCAAGGCGAUAUCCGAGACACUGGCUGCUGGGACGCCCCCUACCGCAACAGUGGUGCACUUCAAGGUGUCGGCGCAAGGCAUCACUCUGACCGACAACCAGAGGAAGCUAUUCUUCCGACGUCACUACCCGACCAACAGCGUGACAUUCUGUGACAUCGACCCACAGGACAGAAAGUGGAACAAAUCGGAAGGAGGCACAGCAAAGCUCUUCGGCUUUGUGGCCAGGAAGCAGGGCAGCACGACGGACAACGUCAGCCACCUCUUCGCCGAGAUGGACCCGGAGCAGCCCGCCAACGCCAUCGUCAACUUCGUGCUGAAGAUGAUCGCCGCGCAGAAGCGAUGAAGGGCGGCGAGAAAAAAAAAACCCUGGCGCCUUUUUCUUUCACCCUUUGGUUGUUUUGGUUCUCAUCGUUCUUCAAAAAGUUUCAAAGAACACUUCUGUUUGAAUUUGGACUUUCUGGACCUUUCAACGUUUGUUUAUGUCUGCUUUCUUUCCUUUUUUCCCUUUUUUUUCCCUUUCUUUCUUUUGUGUUAUGUUAAGGCUGAUGUGUGAGUCUGUGCACGUGGACAUGAUUGUGUGUUGAGCACAGUGUGUGCUUGACUGUUGAGCAGACAAUAAGAGGUGUGUUUUGUUUCUUCGUUCUAUUGAGAACCUCAACAGGUUGUGUCUGUGUGUGUGUUUGCGCGUGUGUGAGUGUCUGUGCGCGUUUGUCCGUGUGCUUUUCUUCUUGAGUGGACCUCAGAAUGGAACAGAGGAAGUGCAGAAUGGGGGCGUGGCUGAAAGUAAGGGGUUGGGGGGGGACUGUUCUGUCCUCCUGUUGCCGGGGGCGAUACACGAUCAGGAAGAGGAAAUGACAUCACGUGAGCAGAUGUUUUGUGGCGAUUGUUUUAGGGAGAUACAUUUUUUUUGUUUUGUUAGGUUUUUGGGUAAAGAAUAUGGCAAGUUGCGUGAUGUAAGGGUGGUUUCCUAAUCUAUCAGGCUUUCGACUGGUCAACCAAAGAUUAAAAAGAAAAAGAAACCAGGUUGAAUAUAGUGUUCCACUGUUCGAGGGUUGGAAAACAUCCUUUUGUAUAAAAAAAGACAAAAUAUGGCUGCUUAAUCAAAUUUACUGAACUGUUUAUUUUUGUCUGUGUAGCGAUACAGUAGGUCAACCUAGUUUGAAAAGAAGAAGAAAAAAAAGAAAAAUAUGCACCUUUGCCUCCUGCAAACAUGUUUAAGGACGCUUUUGCAUAAGGCAAGGUCAUGUACAUAUUCUCGACAGCUUUCCCAGUAGUUCUGUAUUAGAUGCCUUAUGGUGCCUGACCUUUUUUUUUUAACAAAGAGCUUUGUAAAGAAAAUAAGACAAUAAAAAAACGAACAGAUCUCUUAUAUAUGCAACUAAACGGAAUGAGGAUUUCCCGAAGUUAUUUCUAUAUAGCCACGUAGCGUCGCUAGGUAAGCGUAUGUUCUGUCCACCAAUGCAAAUAAUCCGCUCAACCGUAGUCCUUAUUUUGCAGUUUGUUUUCGUUUUCCGUACUUGUAUUCGUGUAAAUUAUCGCGAGAAUGUCAUCCAAUCAUCGUGUCCAAGCAACUCUCGAUCGCUUUGAUUGGCGAAAACUACGAAAAUCUCCUUAAGGGCGCCGAUCUUUGCGCUCGCCCCUCCAUCCCCCGUCUGCACGGCACCGCAUAGCCACACUGUCCGUUUAUUCACCGUUAGAAGGGCUAAAAGGGUCUUUUGAGAUGCGAAUCUUCACAUAAAAGGCUUGCACUAGUAUCGCACUCUACAUUUUUAUUUUCCGAGAAAAAAAAUCAAAUAGAAUAUACACAAAUAGGAAGAAGCUAUUAUCACUGUGCAUCUGACUUUAAAACAGUUAACUCUCACCUCCUACCCGGAAGUAAGCUAAACAUAUAAAUAUACGUAUUAAAAGCUAUAUUAAACUUUCAAAUGUUGACUAAAAGUAUUUAUUUUUUUUGCAAUGUUGCUCUAUGUUAACCUGUAUACAUGUAUUAUAUAGUAUGCAUCAAGAUUACUGAAAGCAAGGAAAAAAAUAUCUUUAUUUUGGCUAAAAAACACAACUUUAAACUGCCUUGAAAUAUAUAUGAUGUAAAGUGUGUGCAUUUUAAAGAGUGUCACUGUUUGUUUUGAAUAUGUUUUUUCACAGCGUUAUGAUAUUAUGCUUAAUUUGUUUUCACCGUCAAGAAAGCUUCUUUGACAGGAGAUGAGCGCUUUGUAUGAAAGUUUGUUUUGAAAAUCGGUCCAUGACGCCAAUACAAAUUUGAAUCCAACUUCAACCGAGUUUUACAAAAUACGCAAUCUAAAGUAAGCACUUAAAUGUUGACAUUUCUAUUCGUAUUCGCAGAACACAGCAUCAAAAUAUCAUUAGAGAUUGCAUGGUGUUCAUUGCAUGUGUAGAAGAUGAAACAAUGCUUUCCUUCUGCACAUCUCCCCGUCCUAAGUAUUGUGUGCAGAAGAAAAGGGGCAUUUAUCUUACUUUGCCACUUCUGCCCUCGUGUGGUAAAAAAGGGCCAUCACAAAAGAUCCUGUCUUAUUCGGAUACAGUGUUUUAACUGUGAUUCAGUCCAUUUUAUUUCGAACUUGCAAAUCACUUUGCUUGUUGAUUUUUAUUUGUUUGUGUUUUAUUUUAGUCCCAGGAAGGUUAAGACAUCAUGGACGUUACUGUGUAUGAAGCUUUAUAGAUUCAAGUUUGAAGCAAGGCGUAGCUACUGAGAUAUGGCCAAAAAUCUAGGACGAUCUUAACCAGAAAAAUAAAGAAUAUCAAAAUAAAUAUUAAAACAAAAACACAAAAUGAACAAACAAAGCACUUAUGGGCGCAUUUUUUUUUUAACAUGACUACAAUGUGUCCUAAGAUAGAGGCUGCAUGCUCAAGCUUGGCGGCACUAAUCUCUACUUCAUCGUGUUCUUCAAAAUAAAAGCUAUCAUGUCUAGCAGGAUGUUGGUUUGAAGUGUUACUUGUCUAGUCUACAUUUCUGUGUCAGGACAAGGACCAGAUACAUGUAAGAUGAGUCUACGUAUCUUCAGAAAAACAAAAAGACUCUCUCUGCCACAAUUGAAUGUUUGCGUUUGUCUUUUAUUUUCUUUAUUUUGUUUUAACUUUUUGCCAAGAAGGAAACUCCAGUAGUGUCUGGACUAAGAAUGUGUGUAAAUGAGCUACGAUGCCUGUACAGAGCAGUGUAUUUUUUUGGUUUGCUAUAUUGUAUGGCUUUUACUAUUUCUGAAAAAAAGAAAUAAAAAACACAUUAAAAAGCAAUACAGAUCACAACAAA